AAAUUAAUUAAAGCAAUUUUUAGCUUUUUUUUACUUUUAAUUUUGCUUUACCCGUUUUUUAACCUUUACCGUUGUAAUGUUAAAACUAACGAAAUUUUUAAAAGCUUUAUUUGGUUAAUUUUUGGUUAUAGCGUUUGUAAGGUUAUUUGCUUUUGCAAUUUACCGGAUUUCGUUAAUUUCCCGCCUUUUAUAAAAUUCGCAAAAAGCUAUAAUAUUUAUUAUAAAGCGUUUUUUCGUUAUUGUUUUAAAUUAAACAAAGCAUUAAUAAACAUUAAACCCGCUAAUUAUGCCGUAAAUUUUGUUUGCAAAAACAUUGCGUAUUACCUUUUUGCAUUUAACAAAGUUCCAAUGCAAUAUAUUUCCAAUAAUUUGAAAGCUAUUUUUUUGCUUUAUGCUUUAUUUAACGUUAAAAAUAACCAAAAAGCCAAUUUAUAA